AUGCAAAAUAGUAAUUUACUUCGCCUUUUCGAGGAUCUGUUGAUUACAACAACAAAUGCUCAACGUAUCGAAUUACUCGAACGUAUGCAUAUUGAAUUAUUAGGUAUAUCAUCAUCUAUUCAAUUUGAACAAGUUCAUCAACAUAUACCAUGGUCUCAUUUAUUUGAAUUAAUUCAUUCAAAUACAAACGAUGAAGUUGAACGUCUCUUAUGUUUAAUUAUGGAAUAUUUUAUAAAUAAUUUAUCUAUUGAACAAAUUAUGACGAAUUUUUAUCCAUUAUUAAAUACUGGUCUUGAUAAUGAAACAGGUUUAUCUCAACGUGUUAAAAUUUUAUGUUUAAAAGCAUUUGAAAAAUUAGCUCGUUGUUCAAAAACUGAAUGUUUUUUUGUUAUACAAAAUUUAUUUCAAUAUUCACAUAUCAAUGCACUUCUUCAUCUUUUUCUUGAUAGUGAUCAACAAACAUUAUGGCUUAAAUCGAAAGAAAUUCUUGAACAUAUGAUAAAAACUGUUAGUCAAAUCGAAGAUAAAAACAUUUUUCAAACUUAUUUACGUGAUCAUUAUUUUCAUGAAUCAAAUCGAAAAAUUUUACUUUCAUCAAAUGAACUUAAUGAAAUUGUUAAACUUCGUUUAUAUGAAUAUUUAGUUGAUUUAUGUUUAAUUGAUUCACGUAUUUAUCAACAUAUUACAGAAGAACAACAUUUACUUGAUCAAUUUUUCUAUGAUUGUACACAUAAUGAUAGUGAUAUACUUUAUUUAAUGAAUUGUUUAGAAUUAUUAACAACAUUAACACAAAAAUCUCAUACAUUAAAUUAUUUACAUAAUAAAACAAAUAUUAUUGAUCAUUAUCUUCAUUUAUUAUUAUCAUCAUCAAAUGAUGAAAAUAGUUUCUAUGAUAUUAUUAAACCAGGUUUUAUUAAAUUUUUUGGUUGUUAUAUACGUAAUUAUCUUUUACUACUUGAAACAAAUCUAUCAAAUAAUCAACAAAAUCAAUUACUCGAAAGAUUUUUACCAUUUUUAUUUGAUAUUCUUCUUCAAACAGAUUCAGAUACUUAUGUUGGUAUCGGUUUAGAUACAAUUGGAUUCAUUGGUAAAACAAUACAUGGAAAAGAAUAUAUGCUUUCAAUGACAAAAUUCGGUGAUUUUAUUGGAAAAUUAAUUCAAAUGAUACGUUCAGCUCAAUCUGAUAUUCGUAUUCGUGCACUUAAUUGUCUUUCUGAUUUAUUUUAUAUAUCAACAAAUGAUCGUACAUCAACAAUUGCUUCGUCGCUUACAGAACAAAUUUAUCGUUUAUGUAAUCGAGUAUUUUCUCUUUUGCCAAUUAUUGUUCAAAUAGCUAAACAACCAUUUGUUGAUUUACGUCUUGCUGCUUAUCGAUGUUUACUUGAAUUAACACGAUCACCAUGGUCAUUACAUGCAAUGAAUAAUGAACCUGGUUUUCUUGAAUUUCUUCUCAAUCGUUCAACAGAAAAAGAUAAAGAUGGAAAAGAAACAAAAUUUACAAUAAUUCAAUCGAUCUGUCAAAAUAGUGACGAGGCUAAAUUGGCACUAGGAAAUGUUAAUUAUUUGAAAUUAAGACGUUAUAUAAAUGAAGGAGCUUUUUUUAUUGAACCAGAAGCUAAUGUUGCCUUUGAUGGAUCGAACGAAUAG